AUGGCUUAUCAAAAAGCGCGACGAUAUGAUAGCAGAACGACGAUCUUCUCCCCAGAGGGGCGUCUGUACCAAGUGGAAUAUGCCAUGGAGGCCAUCUCGCACGCUGGAACAGUCCUCGCCGUGAUGUCGAAGGAGGGUAUCGCCAUGGCCGCGGAGAAGAAAGUGACAGGGAAACUCCUCGAUCUCUCUCUCGCACCAGGUGGUGAAGGCAUGGGCGGUGUCGGCACUGAAGCAUGGGGUGGAGGCGGAGAGAAGAUCUUCCUCUUGAACAACAACAUCCUCGCUGGUCUCGCUGGUAUCACUUCUGACGCCAAUUCGCUCGUCAACUUUGCCCGAAACAGCGCGCAACGGCAUUUGUUCACAUACGAUGAAGACAUCCCCGUCGAAAUGCUCGUUCAGCGCCUGUGCGACAUGAAGCAGGGCUACACGCAAUUCGGAGGUCUGCGUCCUUUCGGUGUUGCCCUUCUUUAUAUGGGCUGGGACCCGCUGCACGGUUUCCAGCUGUACCAGUCUGAUCCUUCCGGCAACUACUCGGGCUGGAAGGCGACGUGUAUCGGUUCCAACCACUCGGCGGCGACCUCGUUGUUGAAGCAGGACUACAAGGACGAUCUGUCGCUUGAGGACGCGCGGCAGCUGUGUUUGAAGGUGAUGAGCAAGACGAUGGACAGUACCAAGCUUGGAAGCGAGAAGCUCGAGUUCGCGACGAUGACCCUCCACCCUACCACCCGUCAACCCCUCGCCAAGAUCUACCGGCCUUCCGAGCUGGACGAGCUGCUGCGGAAGUACGAGCUGGGCGGGACGAAGGAUGACCAGAUUGGAGCGGGAGAGGGAUCGGGCGGAGGUGGUGGACAAGAAGGAGGCAACAUUUCGUUGUCGACAUAG